AUGGGAAGUGAAGUAAAAGUGAACUUGGGCACAGCGUCGGACAGCUGUGUUUUCAGAGAUAUGGAAGAAAAGGUCAGUACUGAUGCUGGAACUGCAGGGGCGCUGGCUCCACAGCACGUCCGAGCGCAUUCCUCUCCGGCGUCCCUGCAGCUGGGAGCUGUGUCUCCUGGGACUCUGAGCCCCACGGGGGUAGUGUCUGGGCCAGCAGCUGCGCCCUCUGCUCAGCAUCUUCGGCAGUCUUCUUUCGAGAUACCUGACGAUGUACCUCUGCCAGCAGGCUGGGAAAUGGCGAAGACAUCAUCUGGUCAGAGAUACUUCUUAAAUCACAUCGACCAGACAACAACAUGGCAGGACCCCAGGAAGGCCAUGCUGUCACAGAUGAGCGUCACAGCCCCCACCAGCCCACCAGUGCAGCAGAGCAUGAUCAACACGGCUCCAGGUCCUCUUCCUGAUGGAUGGGAACAAGCCAUGACUCAGGAUGGAGAAAUUUACUAUAUAAACCAUAAGAACAAGACCACCUCUUGGCUAGACCCAAGACUUGACCCUCGUUUUGCCAUCAACCAGAGAAUCAGUCAGAGUGCUCCUGUGAAGCAGCCUCCACCGCUGGCCCCCCAGAGCCCACAGGGAGGCGUUCUGGGCGGCAGCCAUUCCAACCAGCAGCAGCAGAUGCGCCUGCAACAGCUGCAGAUGGAGAAAGAGCGGCUGCGGCUCAAGCAGCAAGAACUGCUUCGGCAGGCAAUGCGGAAUAUCAAUCCCAGCACAGCAAAUUCUCCAAAAUGUCAGGAACUAGCUCUCCGUAGCCAGUUACCAACGUUGGAGCAGGAUGGCGGGUCUCAAAACCCAGUCUCUUCUCCGGGGAUGUCUCAGGAACUGAGAACCGUGACGACCAACAGCUCAGAUCCCUUUCUGAACAGUGGCACCUACCACUCUCGGGAUGAGAGCACAGACAGUGGGCUCAGCAUGAGCAGCUACAGUGUCCCCCGGACUCCAGAUGACUUCCUGAACAGUGUUGAUGAAAUGGAUACAGGUGAUACUAUCAACCAAAGUACCCUACCCUCACAGCAGAACCGUUUCCCAGACUACCUUGAAGCCAUUCCUGGGACAAAUGUGGACCUUGGAACACUGGAAGGAGAUGGAAUGAACAUAGAGGGAGAGGAGUUGAUGCCAAGUCUGCAGGAAGCUCUGAGUUCUGACAUCCUGAAUGACAUGGAAUCCGUUUUGGCUGCCACCAAGCUAGAUAAAGAAAGCUUUCUUACAUGGUUAUAGAGCCCUCAGGUAGACGGAAUUCGAAAUCUGUGAAGGAUCUAAGGAGAUGAGACAUACAUACCUGAAAUUUCCAAAUAAGGCAGUUGCAAUCUUCUGGCUCAUACUGAAAAAGAUGAACAAUGUCCAGCAAGAUUCAUUCAUCUACUAUUUUGCUCUUCCUUACCCGUUGCUGCUGUUAAUAUAUUGCUGACCUCUCACAGUUGGCUCUAAAGAAUCCAACCCCCCCCCCCUUUUUUUUUGUUUCUUUUGCUAUUAUAACUACUGUUCGUUUGGGGGGCUGGGGAAAGUGAGCCUAUUUGGAUGAUGGGUGCCAAUCCUUUUUCCCAGUUAGAUGUUCAAUGAUCAUGUUAACUAAAUACUCAGACUGGGAAGUCAAAUGCUUCAUGUCACAACAUCUAGUUUGUUCAAGCAAUUGUUGCUUCAGCUGCCUUUGGUUAGUGGAAAAACAUGACUUACUGGUCUGACAAGCCAAAAAUGAUGUAUCUGAUAUUAUGGACUUAGUGCUGAUUUGAAGAGAUAGCUGAAACCAAGGCUGAAGACUGUUUUACUUUCAGUGUUUUUUUGUUUUUCUUUUUCCUCCUAGUGCUAUCAUUAGUCACUUAGUGACUUUGAUUUGAUUUUAGGAGCUCAUAAGGCAUGAAACAUUUUCCAUAGAAAUAUAUUAAUUAUUGCCAUGUACUCUAGUAUAGGUCUUGUGUUUUUGUUUUAUUAUUUUGUUUUGAUUGGUUGGUUUUGUCAGAACCUGGGCGAAUUACCUUAUUAGUGAAUCUGUUUAUAGUUGUAGCUUGGGAAGAUUAUUAUAGUUCUUUUUGGUGAAAUCUACAUUUUCUUAUUUUUUGUUUUUAUUUUGAUUUGGUUUUUUUUUUUACCAUUUUAUUUAAAUCUUGAUUAUCUGCUCUCUAUAUAACCACACACGCUUAUAAUGUUUAUGAUAGUGUGAUAGCAGAAUAUAUAUAUAUAUUUUUUAGGUUUUUCAACUUACUGUAAAACAAUAGCUUUGAAUGUAUGCAUUUAGAAUACAUGACUAGUAGUCUAUAUUUCACAGAUAGUUUAAAAUCUGGUUGGGGCAGCGUGCAGGUGUUUGAGGUAGUUAAGUGUUCCAGAGAAGGCUGUUAGUACGGAGAGUGGUUAGAGAAGCGUGCACCAUGCCCUCUGGGCAUCCGAGAAAUAGUGUCUGAUGAAUUUGAACAGAGCCAACAAAAAAUGCCUUUACUUGUUGUUACUCCCUAGGACUAAUUCUAAGUCUUGAUGGGAAAUGGCCGAGUGGGCUCUAAUAUGCCUGGCAGAUCUCGUCUCUCUAGUGGGUUACCUUCCUUUAGCUUUGGAAGUUGGCCUUCACUUAGCUUUGAAAGUGAAGUCUGGCGCUUUAGUCCUUAUUUGUAAUGAGCACGAUAAAGACUAGCUUGAAGUCUAUAACAUUGUUCUUUUCCUGCAAGACGGGCUCCUGCUUCUGUAUGCUGAGAAUUGACCCUGGACAUCACAUAGAAUACUGUAUGGUCACGAGUUAGCUGGAAGUGAUCAGAUUAAUAAAAUGUAUAUUGGUAGUUGAAGUUAGCUAAGAAAUAGAGAUAAUCUUGAUUAUACCUUUAUUUUUACAGGAAGAGAUAUAACUAGAGUAUGAGUCUACAGGAGUAAUAAUGGUUUCCAAAGAGUAUUUUUAAAGGAACAAAGUGAGCAUGAAUCAGCUCUUCAGUAUAAGCUAUAAGGUAAUAGUUGGUCGUGAAUUAUAGUGGCAUCAGCUAACACCUCUAUGAUUAAGGGUCUUUCAGUGUUUCUAGGGUAGAUCUUUAUUUUCAAGGGUUUAUUACAGACGUAAAAUCUCCUUCCUGGCCAAAGCUGCUAUGAAAAGCCUCUGCUUGGGAAGAUUAAAAAAAUUUUUUUUCCAAAUUUAAAAAAACAACCUCCCCGCAAAAAGAACUUAAGUAUGUUGACCCUUUGAUUUAGAGGGUUGUGGAAGUUAAGAUUUAAAAGUUUUAUAUGAAAUACUUUAAGUGCUCAAGAAAUGCAAUCACUGUGUUGUAUAUAAUGAUUUCUAGGUUGAUCUUCGUAAUAAUUGACUCUCAGAUUUUGAUUAAGAGAACAUCAGAGAGAUCAGAUCUUGAGUUAAGUCUAGAGGGGAAACGUCCACUGUGCAGAAGGAUGGAUUUUGAGAGCAAGAAUACAUGCUACACAGACUGCAUAGUUGGGUGUAUGGAUGGUACAGCAUGUUGUUUUCAUGUGCAGAAGAUCAAAGCUACUUGGAAGGAGUGCCUACAAUUUGCUACUAAGCUAUAGAUUAAGAUUGCAUCUUUUAUAUCAGCAGAAUAGUUUUAGAAGAGGGGAGGGUGGGAAGGUAGGGGGUUGUGAAAAUUUAGUGGAACCUUGAUAGAGUAUAAGCUUCUUUCUCAUCAGUAAAGAUUUUUGUCUCAGAUCUUGCUGUCUUUAAUGGCAGCUGUUCCUAAAAUUUUCAAUCAUGUCAGUUUACCCACAGAACAAGAGUAUGCAUACCUUCAUUUCCCCUCAACCUAAAUUGCCCAGUUAUACCUCAAUGUUGUCACAGCACUGCGGUGCCUGACACAGAGCUUUGAUCUUACCAUGCCCUCUACCUGAAGGGGAGACCCAGGACUCCAGGGUCCUUGCGCUUUUUGAGUUUGAACCACCACCUUGAUGUGGUCUUUUUUAUUGUAUGUCCUUGUUUCUAAUGUAAAAGUGUUUAACUGCUUCUUGGUUGUAUUGGGUAGCAUUGGGAUAAGACUUCGACUGGGUAUUCUUGAAUUGCUUUUACAAUAAACCAGUUUUAUAAUCUUUAAAUCUAUCAGCUUUUUAUAUUUGUGUUCCUUUCAGUUAGAUUCUUAGAUCUACUUUUGGUUGAUUUGGAGUUUCAGAUCUCUCAAAGCACUAUGUGUUGUAAUAACUUUGAAUUAUUAUAGUGCCUUUUAUAUAUAUAAAUAACAUUGCUAUUUUAAGUGUUCAUAUUAGUGGAUGCAUUCUCUAUGGAACUGUGGCGGAAACACUGAAGAUUUCUAGUCAUUAUGUAAUGCAGAAUUUAUACCAGUCAGUGUUGGCACUCAGACAUUGCAACAGUGAGAGACAUUUCCCGUGGUUAACGUUUUCGUAGCUUUUGCACAUCUGACAGUGAGUGCCCGAUGAAUUUUAUCUUUGCAAGCAUGUUUUUAUAUGAAUUGUGGGGGUGCCUGUCUUAAUGAUUUUCUGUAUCUUGAAAAGUAUUCUUCACAUUUUAAAUGUUUUAUAUUAGAGAAUCUUUAAUGCACACUUGUCAAAUAUAUAUACAUAUAUAUAUUACCAAUGUUACCUUUUUUGGUCUUAGAUGUAAGAGCAUGCUCAUAUGUUAGGUACUUACAUAAAUUGUUACAUUAAUUUUUCUUAUGUAAUACCUUUUUGUUUAUGUGGUUCAAAUAUAUUCUUUAAACUCUU